UUAACGACUCGGACGUUGUAAAUGUGCCGUUCAGGAUGAAGAAGGCAGAGAUUCCGUGUCCGGAGGUGGUGCUGCUGAAGAAACACAUCCUGGUGAUGUCGUUCAUCGGUAAAGACCACAUCCCUGCUCCCAAGCUGAAAGACGUGGUGCUGAGCUCAGAGGACAUGAAGACCGCCUUCUACCAGGUCCUACAUGUGAUGCAGCAGCUGUAUCAGGAGUGUAAUCUGGUUCACGCUGAUCUCAGUGAAUACAACAUGCUGUGGCACGAAGGAAAGGUGUGGUUGAUAGAUGUGGGUCAGUCGGUGGAGCCCACUCAUCCUCACGCUCUGGAGUUCCUCUUCAGAGACUGCAGGAACGUUGCGACGGUAAACAAGUUUAUUUUAUCUUUAAAGCUGUAAAUGAAAGUAAAGUUAAAGUGUUUUAAAAGCAGAACUGCAGGAUUCAGUGUGAGAACAUCAUUUAAACAAGUUCAUUUUCCAUGUUUUAUUUUAAUGAUGAACAGGAUGCAGCGGAUCAUCUGUUCUAUUUAUGGGGAAUUUAAAUGUCUUCACAACAUAUUUAAGUUCACAUUUAUAAAAUAAUAAUGGCUUCAUAAUUAUUAAUUAUAUUUAUUUGUCGCUAAUAAAAAGGAAACAUUAAUUAUAGUUAAUUAAUAACCAGGAUCUAGAUGUUCCAAAAAAGUCCAAAAUAUACAAAUUAAAUUAAUUAAUAUUAUAAAGAAAUACAUUCUGGGUCUCCUAAGUAAUCAGGUUUAUUUAACCGUCUUUAUUUAAACGUCUUUAUUUAAACGUCUUUAUUGAA